AUACUAAAACUAAUUCUCUCUCUUGGUUAAACCCGAAUUAGUGAAGGACCCGCCCAACACGCUCUCCAUUAUGAAGUUUGCUCAUGCGCCUUUCCCGACCGUUCUUCGUCGGAAUUACAGAAAUCUUGGGUUCCCGAGGCGGUCCCUUGGUCUAUAUGCGUGUGUCUGCUGUUCCGCACUAGAGUCCCUUGUGCUGCUAAGUACGGUGGUGUGUGUGUGUGACUGGUAGAAAAUCUCGUGCUCCAACUAACAGUAGGAAGGGAGUGCGUAGGAAAUAUAACCAGCUAUUGACAACAGCUUCAUUGACAACUCAAAGCAAGUACGUUUUGUUUUGGUAAAAAUAGUUCCAGGGUUAAUUGUCCUAUUAAAAUUUCAUUAGGCAAUUGAUAAACUUCUUCUUUUUUAAAACCAAUUAUAAUAAUUCAUCUCUGCUAGUGGAGACUAUGAGUUCACUGGACUGACCGUAUAGAAGCCAGGUAACCAACUCAGUGCAGAGAAAUUUUAACAUAGUGUUGACUAGUGCAGCCAAUUGAAAGUUGUGUAAAAAACAGAGAAAGUGCUGUGAAGGAAAGGAACAUACAAACCUAUUAAUUUAAUGUCAGUACCAAGGCUUCUGUAGCCGAAUAUAUAUUUUUUGGACCAAGUACGUUUUUUACCGCUACGUUGGCCUCAGUCGAAGUGGGCUCAGAGACUCUUCAUCCGGCCCCUAGGUUGAAAGUCGACCAGACAUUUGGCCGUAUACGCCGUCUUCAGCGGAGUAUUUGGACGGCAGCCUAUGCCGACGUAGUGCCGUGUUGUCCUCUGUACAUCAUGGCCCGUCGGCUGCUGCUUCCCCUGGCCGUGCUACACGUGGUCCUGUUGCUGGUUGUUUUCCAGUGUCUCGCGCCUGGCCGAGCCAAACGACUGUCACAGUGUCCAGUGGAGUGUGAGUGCCGUAGCAGAACAAUAGACUGCAGUAACCGCGGGUUACAGUUUGUGCCGAGGUACUUGCCACCCGAAGUCAAACGAAUAGAUCUCGAUCACAACAACAUCUCUACUGUCAGAGCAGAAGAUUUUCGAGGUCUCCAUCGGCUCAAAAUCCUACAGCUGCAAAAUAAUGGAAUCACCGCCAUUGAGCGUGGAGCGUUUCGAGAUGCCGUUUCACUAGAACGUCUGAGGCUUAACGGGAACAAACUUCGAUCCUUACCCGACAUGCUGUUUUCAACUACAUCCAAACUGAAUCGAUUGGAUCUCAGUAACAACAAACUUGCUGCUAUCGGAGCAAAAACGCUUCGCGGUGCCCCAAGGUUAUUGAACUUGCAGUUUGACAACAACGAGAUUGCUUGUAUCGACGAGGCAGCUCUCCGAGGACUUGAUCAUCUGGAGAUUCUCACGUUGAACAGAAACAACAUCACGACUUUAGGAAAGAAUCUCUUCGAAAAUAUGAAGAAAUUAAGAGUUAUGCGUAUAUCUGACAACCCGCUUACCUGCGACUGUCAUCUCUCCUGGCUAGCUAGCUGGUUGAGGAGUAACCCUCGUUUAGGGCUCUUCGCACGCUGUGCUCUCCCCUUUUACCUAAAGAACAAAGACGUCGCAGCUUUAGAUGGAUCUUAUCUCAGGUGCAACGGUGUGGAGGAGACCUCUAGUGGUUGCCAGACCGAACUAAUGUGUCCUUAUCCUUGCACUUGCUUCGAUGGUGUUGUAGAUUGUCGAGACAAAAACUUGAAGAGAAUCCCAGAGCGUAUUCCUGAGACGGCAACAGAGCUGAGACUGGAACACAACGAAAUUAGUGACGUGCCACCUGGAGCAUUCGCCUUGUACCCACGUUUAAGAAGAAUAGACCUUAGUAACAACCAGAUCGAUAAAGUUGCCGGAGACGCCUUUCAUGGCUUAAAACACCUUACGUCUCUGGUUCUCUAUGGCAACAAAAUAACAGAGCUUCCAAAGGAAACGUUGAAGGGAUUAACUUCAUUGCAGUUACUCUUACUCAAUGCUAAUAAGAUUGGUUGUAUCAGAAGAGACGCAUUCGUUGAUCUCCAUAACUUGAAUCUCUUGUCGCUGUACGACAAUAAUAUCCAGUCUCUGAGCAACGGCACCUUCUCAGCUCUACAAAACAUCCAAACACU